UAUAAAAGUCUCAGAGAAAGGUAACGCAGUACCUUCACGCAGACAUCAGAAGAGCGCAGACGGGCAGCGGGAGGUCUGCACUUGUGUUGGACAUACGCAAACGCAGCCAUGUACAUAAACACAUGCGCAUCUAGCCAUCUUAUAUUUUUGUUCUGCAUUAUUCUGAAGAACUGUCAUACUUUCAAGAACGAUGCUACGGAAAUCCUUUACACGCAAGUACUUAGUCCGGUUGCAGAGGCUCCGAGUAACACAUCCUUGAAUCGUGCAAGAAACGGCGGCAGAAACUUGGGCAAUACUGAAAGACGUGUGGACCGAAGCCAAGUUGGGUGUAGAGAACUGCGGUCAACUAAAUACAUCUCUGAUGGUCAGUGCACCAGUAUAAACCCAAUAAAGGAGCUGGUUUGUGCCGGAGAAUGCCUCCCAGCGCAGAUGCUACCGAACUGGAUUGGUGGGAGCUAUGGGCGGAAGUUCUGGAGCAGACGGAAUGACCAGGACUGGCGGUGUGUGAACGACAAAACUCGCACCCAGCGGAUCCAGCUGCAGUGCCAGAACGGGAGCACGCGGACAUACAAAAUCACUGUGGUCACCUCCUGCAAGUGCAAGAGAUACUCCAGGCAGCACAACGAGUCUGCCCACAAGUUUGAGGAUCAGUCCCGCGCCCUGCCGAUCCAAAAAGUGAAUGGCAAUAGGAGACAUGUCAGGGGAGAGCAGAAUGAGAACUGGCACGAAGCAAGACCCAAAAACUAAGUCACCCAAUAACCAUAGCCCUGGACUUUUACUCACUCUGAUGGACAUGCCAAGAGUGCACUUGUGGUUCCUGACCCCCCUGCGUGGAGCAUGGAAAGACUGUACUGAUUGCAGCACGAGCAUUUAGAACUGAAGGCAGCCAUUCCCUGUUUAACUCCCAUUAAAGUUCAAUGUGGUUCAAAACAGCAGAAGUCCUCAGUCAGCAUUUUGAACAUGCUUAUUUUUCAGAGUAUUCAGACUAUUUAAAAUGUUGUAUAUAAAGACCCUUUUCUCUAUUUUUAGAAAAUGUAGCAUGCAAAAAAACUGAUAUAGGAUAAACUUGCAUGUCAGAAGAUUCCUAAAAUUUCAAAUAGCACAUUUUAAAUGUAUAUAUGUGUAAAUAUUUAUAUAUUUGAUUAUCAGCUAUCAGUUGAUUUGAAAGUACAACAUUUUGUAUAAAACUUUUAAGCAUAAAAUAUGUAUAUGAUGUAAUAUAUGUUUUGUAUUGCAACACAUUUUUAUAUAUUUUAGUUUUAUUUGAUAACUGGUAUGCUAAGUUUGAUGCAGACACUGAGUAACAAUGGUGUUAGUAGGCUAUAGUGUGUUUAGGCGCACAUUGUAUGUGUUCUUGUGAGCAGUGUAAUAAAUUGAAUUAUGUUGUACUA